UCCAUGUUAUCGAACGAAGACAGAUCUAUCAACAGUAACUUUAGAUUAGCCUAGAAGUGUAUAUUACAAAACGAGCGUAAAUGCCUUGAUCUAAGACAAAUAACUAGCCAAGUCAAAAGAUGCUUUCAAGAAAUAUCUUGGCAUUAUUGGUUUGAUUGAUGUCAACAUUGAUUUUGCGUGCCAUUCCAACGAGCUGAUUUCAAGCUGUAAUCAAGAUGCAUUCAAUCCAGGAUCGAGCGAGGUCUUUCAACGCAUUGACGUUUUACCAGCAAUGUGAACCACUMAACGGCGGUUACUCUGGCAUGGCAGUGUCUCAUAAUCAUUUAACUGUAGAAGUAGCGGGUAGACCGGGCGCUCCCCCGAGCCAUUCACAUCAACGSCUCUCUUCAAAUUCAAAUUUUCUUGGCUCGAAUGACUCACGAUUAGAAGUGACAGAACUGUCGGGCUCUGUGAGCCAAAAUGGUUUUAGUAUGGACGAGGAAAGUUAUGAGUCUAAGAAACCGUUUCGACAAGCUCUAAGACGCGAUAAAUGGAAAAAUCGGACUGAAUUUAUUCUUACCCUGAUUGGGUACACAAUUGGUCUUGGUAAUGUUUGGAGAUUUCCGCAUUUGUGCCAUAAAAAUGGCGGAGCUUCGUUUCUUAUACCUUAUGGGAUAAUGUUGGCAAUAGAAGGCAUUCCCCUCUACUACAUGGAACUCUGCAUCGGACAGCGCAUGCGUAAAGGUUCAAUAGGAGUGUGGAAUGAGAUUUCUCCAUACCUGGGUGGAGUAGGAUAUGCAUCUGUGGUGGUGUGCUUUCUAGUUUGUUUGUAUUAUAAUGUGAUUAUCGCCUGGUGCGUGUUUUAUUUUGUACAAUCGUUCCAGUCUCCUUUACCGUGGACGUCAUGUCCAAUGGAAGAGAAAUUUAACGGUAAUUGGACUACAUUAAACACGGUCGAAACGUGUGAUGUCAGUACGCCUACCGAGUAUUUUUGGUAUCACACGACGCUAAAUAUCACGAGUAGCAUUGAACAAACAGGAGGUAUGAACUGGAAGUUAUGGGGCUGCCUGGUAGCGACCUGGGUACUAAUCUGGAUUUGCUUGAUGAAAGGCAUACGAGUGACGGGAAAGAUUGUAUACCUGACAGCCACCUUACCUUUAGUGCUUUUAAUCAUAUUUUUCUUUCGUGGAGUUCACUUAGACGGUUAUCAAGAUGGCCUCAGACUUUUAUUUGUACCUGAGUUUGCUCGUCUAACCGACCCAUUAGUAUGGCUUGACGCAGCCGUACAAAUCUUCUACUCACUAGGGGUGGGCUACGGAUCUCUWAUCGCAUUUUCUAGUUACAAUCCAUUAAAGAACGAUUCAACAAAGGACGCUAUAACGGUGUGUUUCAUCAACUGCGCCGUAUCGAUUUACGCUAGUGUUGUAGUGUUUUGYUUCAUUGGCUUUCAAGCGCAAUAUCGAAUGGACGAUUGCCUUGCGGAAAAGCACGAACAGAUAAUACGKUUAUUGAAUGACAGCGGUCUCUCGCAUCACGGCAUGCCUGAUUGGGAGGACGUUGAUCUUGGGAUUCACAGCGACGUGAUUAUCAAUGCGUCGAAGAUUAUCAAUGAAACGUUGAAAGUGUGUAAUAAGACUCAGUUUCUUGAGAUGUGGAGUGGAGGAACGGGCCUAGCGUUCAUUGUCUUCACUGACGUYAUAACCAAGAUGCCUUACGCGCCUAUAUGGGCGGUAAUGUUCUUUCUGAUGUUAAUAUGCGUUGGUAUCGACACCCAGUUUGGUAUGUUGGAGGGUGUGGUCACUCCUAUUUUGGACAUGAAAAUAUUGCCAAGUUGGAAGAAGAAACAUAUUUCAGGUGCUAUUUCAUUUGUUCUUUGCACCCUYGGUUUCUCAAUGGUAACGUUUGCCGGUCCUUACUGGUUUGAGGUCAUCGAAGCAUACUGUUCUGGUAUUCCCCUGCUGAUUAUCUCACUUGUCGAGUGUAUAGCGAUAUCAUACAUCUAUGGAAUUGAAAGGUUCAGCGAAGACAUUCAGUACAUGACCAACAAGCCACCUCGGUUUAUCUGGAAAUGGUGCUGGAAAGUGAUCUCACCGUUGGCUAUCUUAACUGUCCUUAGUAUGAGUAUAAAAUCRAUGUCAGAAGCRACUCCGUCSUACAGUAUUUGGGACGCUGAAAAGCGGAAAUCUAUAUUGACGCCGUUGCCAGCUUGGGGAGUGUUUAUCGCUAUAAUGCUCACUAUGUCGUCGAUUUUCUUCAUUCCCGCCGUGGCGUUUCUUAAAUACUUUGGAUUCGUUCCUCUUAAGAGCAGUCCACUGCCUGCAGUCGUACUGUCCAAUAACACUGCAGAGUUACAACCUCUUUAUAGAACUUCCUCGCCACGAAGAGAACGCAAAAAAGAACCUAGGCGAGCAAAAGCACUUCGAAGGGACCCCCCUGAUCAUGCGCACAAUCACCGUCMACCAUUCAAUGUUGUAGCCAAUGGCGGCCUUCCAACGGCGGUGACGGCUAACGGGGAAAUAAGUCACGUCAUGAGAAACCAUGGUAACGGUGACGUCAGAUUCCUUUAGGAAAAAUGAAAAUGGAAGAAGCGAGUCAUGUGAUUAGGAACCAUAGUUACCAUGACGUCAUAUCAUUUGAUAGAAUACGAAGAAGUGCAGGAAGAUGGAGUCCAAUGUGAAAGUGUUAUCGCAAGCAAACAAUAUUUUAUUUUUCUAAACAAGGAAAACAAAUGAUCAAAAUUGACAAUUUGCUUUGUUGCAUUUUGGAGAAAGCCGAUGAAAUGGAGAAAAUAUCGUCUCGGUCACUGGACCUUGGAUCAUGGAAGGUGACAGAAAUAUGCUUCAGAUAAACAAGCUACUUCUUGCUGGAAACGCAGCAARAUUCUACGUAUAAAAAAUGCACGUUAAAACAGCUGCGUGAAAGGAAAUAUUAUCAUGCAUAUAGAGAAAGAAAUUCCUUGCACAAACAUUCGGAAUUAUAUGAAAUACGMAAGCACAGCAAAAGAACWGCGUAAAACGUAGAGUUGUAAACGACCAUAUGGAUUAUAUAGCUGCUACAGAUUACGCAACGACGUAACAGACGCACGUAAAAGUAACAAGAUUGUACAUAACAUACGAAUUUUUUGCGUCAUGACAAACGCAAGGAAGAGCAAAACUGAUAAAAUUCGACGUUUUAUACAAGUGAAAACACACAAGACAUAUAAGAAACCACGUGAUAGACACGUGAUUGGAUAGCCUCAUACUGGUGAUGAGGCAUUUAAAUUUUGAGGAGUUUUCCAGAAAAAAACAGUUUAUCAAGUUUAAACUGGUUCUUAAUAAACAUUUGCACUCCUAGACACAAGUUCGAAAUAGUUUAAGCCAAAUUUUCAAAAAUAUCAUAUUUUAUAUAAUAAUGUUUCUAAAUUCAAUAGAAAUAGUCAAAAUGAUCUUUAUUCCAAGAUCAAAUACCGUAUUYGAAGGAGCGCUGUUCUUCAUAAGAAUAGACCCCGGCAAUUUUCUACAAAAUCGUCGUAAUAUAAAAUUACAUGUAAAAAGUAAAAAAUCUUUACACUCGCCCAUAAACUGUUUGCAUACAAUAAAAAAUAACAWUUUUUUGUACAA